CUUGACGUGUGCGGAGAACACAAUUAGAUUAUGUAGGCCGCGCCUUUAACCCCAUAUCUCCUCUCUCACCACUACUCUCUCUAUCUCUCUGGCAACAUGUCUUCUUGCUUCGGACUGCGUAAGUCGCAUGCCGACGACCAGCGCCCGCUGCUCCCUCAGUAUCAAGAUGAUACUACAAUGCAGAGACGGCUUCAUCAGAAGCUGCACUCGUAUCAGAUGUUCCGGGCUCUUUCCAAGGGAUUCAUGCCAUCCAACGAGCAAGCGAUUGUCAAUUUGCGGAGCCUACUAUCCGCCGACAUGCUCAAUCCUGAUAAUCCAGACCUGAGCGACUCGGGCCGGCUGCUUGUAAAAUACACCAAGCAGUGGCUUCACGAAUUUAUCAGCCUGUUACAACAUAAGAACAAUAGUGACCAGAUCCAGGACUUCGUCUGGUACUUGUCCAAGUCGAAGAUAUCCGUAGAUGUGGACGAUAUUGCCCAGCGUGCGUCCAGGGCGAAGUCCAAGGCUGAUGCAGUAGCUGCCUACAGAAGUUUGCAGACAGUGGGUUCGCUGCUAUUGACCAAUUCCGACUUCCGCAUAUUCCUCUCCGACCUCAACGUCAUUGGCCGAGAAGUGUUCAAAGACACGGCCUUCACACUGUCCGAAGUUGCCGAGGAAGCUGGAAAAUCAAUCGAGCCUUCAAGUGCCGAGCAGAAGACACUUAAAGAACCAGGUGCAGAUUCGGGUCCUCCUCCAAGCGCAGAUAAUCUGAAUGGCGAUGUCAUUGAGGUCGCCAAGGUUGUUGGCUCGGGUGCAGCAAAGGUUGCGCAGGAGGCAGAAAAUAGUCUGGUAGACAAGCUUGCAGGUGAAGAGGGGGGCUCGUUGCUAUAUCGAUUAAAGCAGGCCGUCACAAAUUUGAAGAAGAAGAAGGACUACUCCGACUCCGUCUCCACACUUUCGCUUCUGCUCCAACGGUAUGCCAUGACGUAUUCCCGCGUCGUAGAAGACACAAUGGGUGCCGCGCAGAAAGACGUAGACUCCAAUCCAGCAAUGGACCGAGCAGUGAAGAACUUCUGGACUCUGCUGAGUUCGUUCGGAGAAAGAGAAGAAUGGAAGAAACUUGAAGAGUGCUUCCACAAGGUGAUGGAUCACUCCAAAAAAGAUCCAGAAUUCGAAAGCUUGAUGAACGAAAUCGGAAACUCACUCCAGAAACUACUGACAGAUCCCAGCUUUCUCGACCAUGCUGAUGAAAAGUUCCAGGAGCUUAGGAAGAAGUCACGUGGAAUUGGCACCGACUCCUCCCUGCGCGAAGACGUGGACAAGCUCUUUGAGCAGGCGCAGAGGACAUUCGAAUCAGUGACUCGAGAUCAGGAUGUCGCAAAUUUGAUAAAGACUUCUAUACGCAUCGUCAACAUUCUCUCACCAAGACACAGUUAUACGAACAACGAGCUCGUAAGUGACGCAAUCAACGUCUUCGUCCCGCUCUUAAUCCAGGCUAUUCAAUACAUCCCCAUCCCUCGCCUCGAAGUCUCAACUCCAGAAGUCGACCUCCUGCUCGAAAAUCUUAUCAUCGAGCCCGGAAAAACUAUCAACCACACAUCCUUCCUCCCCUUCCGUUUCCGCGCCGAGACAUACAACAAUUUCGAAAUCCGCAAAGCCCGCUUUCGCACCACGUCUAAAAUAACCUCUCUCGUAACUCUAAAAAUCGACGGAUUAUCCCUGCGAGCCGACGAAAUAGGCUUCCUACUCCGCGCGCACUCUGGCCUCCUCCGUCUAGCUGACGAAGGCAUCGCAUCAUUCCACCUCGACGAACGCGGCAUCGACAUCCACCUGGACGUCGAUAUCGCCAAAGAGCGCAAGGAACAAAUCCUCUCCCUCCGCGCCGUCAGGGUUCACAUCCACAAACUAACCUACACCCUCCGCAAGUCUAAAUUCUCCAUCAUCGGCUGGCUCCUCAAGCCCUUCCUGCGCCCGCUCAUCCGUAAGGUCAUGGAAAAGCAACUCGCAACCGCAAUCGCAGACACUAUCCACGCUGCAAACCGCGAACUAAUCUUCGCCAGAGAACGCUUGCGGGCAACUAGGAUCGCGGAUCCAGAUGACCUGCGAACGUUUCUAAAGGCGGUGCUAACGAGGUUGACACCGGCGGAGGAUCCGGAUGUGCUUACGAGAGUCGGGGUUGCAGAGCCUGGGAAGGGCGUUUUUAGAGGGAAGUAUGCGCCUGGUAGUGUGGUUAAGCUUUGGGAGGACGAGGCAAAGAGGGCGGGGGAGAGAGUCGAUGAGUGGGAUGAGGGGGGUUGGAGGAACGAGGUUUUUGAUUUGCAUGCUAUGAUGAUGUGAGGGUCUGAAGGUCUGAAGGGGUAAGGUGGAAAAUUCAGCAUCUGAGGGCCCCUUACAAAUUGGACGUUAUUAUGUGUAUUCUUGGGUUCGCAUUGUGCAUGUUUGUAUUAAUAUAUUGUGGGUGGAACAUGCUGCCACUACUGUAUGUAUAUAUGUGUGUGUAUAUAUGUCCUCAAUAGCAUUCUUGAUCG